AAGUGCACACGGCACGCGGCGAGGUCAUUGAUUCGGCACCUUAAAAAGUACCUGAUCCAUAUCGCUGUAAUUCCCUUUUGUCAUACACGGGCUGGGCAGUGAUCAAUGCAGUAGUAGGACUUCGCGGAAUCCGUGCUUGGGGGCCUGGGUUCCUGUGGACUAGCUCGCUCACUCCUGAUUUGCUCAGCUUCCCCCGAGUGAUGUGCCUGAGCUCGCCUCGGUUGCAUCGAUUCUCACUCGCCUCGUGCACAGCUGUUUGCCAUUCCGUCCUGCCUGCUCGAGGAACUAACUUCGAUACUUGAGUUGCUGUGACUUUUGGUUUUUGUGAGUCGCUGCUUGGAUUUUGUUCGAGGUUUUGCGGGGAGUUGAGGAAGUGGGACGAGAAUGGAGGCAAUCGCAGUGUCCAGGGGAUUGGUGGGCGCCAGCAGAUUGCAGAGUUUCUUUGCAGACACUUCGUCGUCGUCGUCGUCUUCUUGUGUGCCGGCGCUCAUUUCGUAUGCUGGGUUGAAGAAGAAUGUGUGUUUCUCCGCGUCAAAGCCGGCUUGCGAGCUUGGAGCGGUGGUUGCUGCAUCCAGAGGCGCUGUUGUGAAGGGGAACAGGGGGUUGAGGGUAGAGGCCGCUGCUACAAAUGGCUCUCCGCAGUCUUUUGAUUACGACGUUGUGAUUAUCGGCGCUGGUGUGGGCGGCCAUGGCGCUGCGCUCCAUGCUGUUGAGAGGGGUUUAAAGACAGCAAUUGUCGAGGGAGACGUUGUUGGGGGUACAUGUGUUAAUAGAGGAUGCGUUCCGUCCAAGGCGCUUCUCGCUGUAAGUGGACGUAUGCGGGAGCUUCAUGACGAGCAUCACCUCAAGUCCCUUGGGAUCCAGGUAGCAGCCGCUGAAUAUGACAGGCAAGCUGUUGCAGACCAUGCCAACAACCUGGCAACCAAGAUUCGGGGAAACCUAACCAACUCAAUGAAAGCCCUCGGGGUUGACAUCCUGACUGGUAUCGGAUCCGUUGUGGCUCCCCAGGUUGUUAAGUAUGGAAGGAUUGGAUUUGCUGAUAAAACCAUCACAGCAUGUAACAUCAUUAUUGCCACUGGAUCGGUUCCAUUUGUUCCUCCAGGAAUUGAAAUAGACGGAAAGACCGUUUUUACAAGUGAUCACGCUUUGAAGUUAGAGUGGAUUCCAGACUGGAUUGCGAUCGUUGGCAGCGGUUACAUUGGUCUAGAGUUCAGUGAUGUAUACACAGCUCUCGGAAGCGAGGUGACAUUCAUAGAAGCUCUUGACGGUUUGAUGCCAGGGUUUGAUCCUGAGAUCGGCAAGCUUGCUCAAAGAAUUUUGAUUAACCCUCGCAAAAUUGAUUAUCAUGUCGGUGUUUUGGCUAAGAAGAUCACGCCAGCAAAGGACGGAAAGCCAGUUUUGAUUGAACUAGUGGACACAAAGACUAAGGAGCCGAAGGAGACCCUCGAGGUGGAUGCUGCACUCAUCGCCACAGGACGUGCGCCAUUCACUAAAGGCCUAGGACUUGAAAAUGUGAACGUAGUUACGCAAAGGGGUUUUGUACCUGUGGACGAGCGAAUGCAAGUGCUGGACGGGGAGGGAAACAAGGUUCCGAAUCUUUAUUGUAUUGGUGACGCCAAUGGGAAAAUGAUGUUAGCACAUGCAGCUAGUGCCCAAGGCAUCUCUGUCAUUGAGCAGAUUGCUGGGCGAGAUAAUGUUCUGAAUCAUAACAGCGUUCCAGCAGCUUGUUUCACACACCCUGAAAUCAGCAUGGUUGGACUUACUGAGCCUCAAGCACGAGCACUAGCUGAAAAGGAGGGAUUCAAAGUAAGCGUUGCCAAGACCAGCUUCAAAGCCAAUACCAAGGCACUAGCUGAAAACGAGGGUGAUGGAUUAGCCAAGAUGAUUUAUAGACCCGACACUGGAGAGAUUUUAGGGGUACAUAUCCUCGGUCUUCACGCUGCUGAUCUCAUUCAUGAAGCUUCAAAUGCUAUAGCUAUGGGCAAUACCAUUAAGGACAUCAAAUUUGCUGUGCACGCUCACCCCACCUUAUCCGAAGUUUUGGAUGAGCUGUUCAAGUCUGCUCACCUUGAAGAUCACGCAGUGGUGUCAGAGAAGGCAGCUGAACCAGUAGCUGUAUAGUUCAAAAUGGUCUUUAGGGUAUUUUUUUCCGGUAAGAAAAUUUUAUUUGAGUAUGUCAAAGACAUGUGCUUCAUUUUUGUUUAAAAAAUGGAACAGGAUACACAAAUGUGAACUUCUCUUUAUAUCAUCAAACAAACCUCUUCCGCAAAUCAUUCCGUCAGCUUUUUCAUUUGAA